CAGAGAGCAAAUUUGUUUCUCUCUGCCUCAUGAAGAUAUUCUCGUAGUUUAGAUAAAACUCGUUCCGCGUUGAAAUUUUCGGUGAAUUAUGUCCGAAGAAGUGAUGGAUGAGCUUUCCGUUUAUGCCAACACCUCCGAGAAUUCCACCAAAAUCGACAACUUUUACUUCUACGAGGUGGAACAGUUCACAGUAUUAUGGCUGCUGCUUAUAGUGAUAGUGGCAGGAAAUUCAGGAGUCAUCUAUACCCUGAUCAUGGGUAGAUCCAGAAAAAGCAGGAUGAACUACUUCAUAACACAUUUGGCAUUCGCAGAUUUAUCUGUUGGAUUAAUCAGUGUGCUCACAGAUCUUAUAUGGAGGACUACGGUUAGUUGGAAUGCUGGCAACGUCGCCUGCAAAGUGGUCAAAUUUUUACAGGUAGUUGUGACAUACGCUUCAACAUAUGUUCUUGUAGCGCUCAGCAUAGACAGAUAUGAUGCCAUAAGACACCCAAUGAAGUUUUCAGGAAGUUGGAGGAGAGCCAAAUGUUUGAUCAUAGCUGCUUGGUUGUUCAGUGUUCUAUUCUCCAUACCGAUUUUGAUACUUUACGAAGAAAAAUUUGUUCAAGAUCAACUUCAGUGCUGGAUAGAAUUCUCAGAUCAGUGGAAAUGGCAGAUGUACAUGAUUCUUGUCAGUGUCAGUCUGUUCGUCAUUCCUGCAGCCAUCAUCACAUCCUGCUACACCAUUAUCAUCAUAACCAUAUGGACGAAAAGCAAUGCUACUUUCAGUAGCUCGAAGAAGAAAAAUGGUGGUCGAGCAGGUUCUGACAAUUCAAAACGAGCUAGUUCGAGGGGACUCAUCCCCAGAGCGAAAGUCAAGACCAUCAAGAUUACAUUAGUCAUUGUUACCGUUUUCAUCAUAUGCUGGAGUCCCUAUAUAAUUUUCGAUCUCCUUCAAGUGUUUGGACAGAUACCAACAACACAACCCAACAUAGCCAUUGCAACGUUCGUGCAAAGUUUGGCACCACUCAAUUCAGCAGCGAAUCCAAUCAUUUACUGCAUAUUUUCUACGCAUUUUUGUCGCAAUAUAUGGUUGCUACCACCUUGCAAAUGGAUGUGCAAGAAGAAAAAGAGAAAGGCCAGAGACUCAACUGUGACAACUCAGAGCAGCAGCUUGUCAGAGUUUCUCACCAACACUACACACAAGAAGAAAUCGGAAGCAUCCACUGCCGUAGACCAUACAGUAUUUAUCCAUACCAAAAAGUGAACUGCUUCGUAUUAUAUUUAUACCUACCCACUAUAAUUAUGAAUGUUGUAUGUGAAGAAUAAA